CUGUUGGACACUGAAUGACUCCAAAACACUUUAAACCUAGUGGUGGGAAAUGUGUUUAUCCACCUCUUUCUCUUUGAUUCAUAUCUUCUUAUUUUCUUUUUCUCUAAAUGAAAAUCAAAUAUUAUCCGUUUUUAUGUAUAGAAUUUAUAAGUAUUAUUCGUCUCUCCAACAUCUGCUCUCACAUAUUUGUUUAGAGAAUUUAUUCUUCACCAAUACAGUACUAUUUCUUUCACCUCUUUUCCCGAUGCAUUUGCUUGCAAGCAAUCCAUUUUCGGAAAAAAACUAGGAAGUACCCUUUUCCUCGAUUCAUCUCCUCAUAACCUAAAAGUCAACAGCUUCUGCUUCUGUCGGCUCUUUCCUUCUUCCAGAUCCCAACAAUUCCACAGCACAACUGUGAGAGGUUCUAUUCAGACAAAAAUGUCGGUAAUGAGUGAGAUAAUGACACCGUCCAAGUUGAAGUCGAACUCCAACUCCAACUCCAACUGGAACUCAAAUGGAGAAUCCGAUGUUUCUCAAGAACCAGUCAGGGGAGAAACCUCUUCAAACAUUUCAUCUCGAGAUCUGUCCAAACCCGUUUCUGCUCAUGUCUCUCUCGAUCUGACGCUCAAGAAUGGCUUCAGAGUCGACGAACUCCAGCCCGACGACAGACCCGCCGUUCCAAGAACCUUCUCUUGUAAUUACUGCAGACGCAAGUUCUACAGCUCUCAAGCCCUAGGUGGCCACCAAAACGCUCAUAAACGCGAACGCACGUUGGCUAAACGCGCAAUGUACAUGGGAAGAAUGUUCAGCCACCACCACAGCCCUUUCACUAGCCUCGCUUCUCUACCACUCCAGUACUCCUCCUCCUCCUCGGCGUUUCGCUCACUCGGGAUCCAAGCCCACGCCGGGGUAAUGCACCACGGUAUUGGCUUUGUACCGCCGCUGUCGCAAUCGCAAACGCCGUCAACUGCUGGUGUUGAUGUGGCGGCUGCGGCUCACAGGGUCGUUCCCGCGGCCAGGUUCCAUCAAGUGUAUUCCGGUAAUAACAUGCCAGUAUUCAUGGAAUGCGACGACGACGACGGCGACUUCUUCUGGCCCGGGAGCUUCCGACAGGUGGAUCCGGUGGCGAUUUCGGAUUCGGGUUCGGAUCAGAAUUCGAUUCCGGCGACUGAAGGCGUGGAUAGCUCGUUGCCAGAUCUAACGUUGAGACUCUAAGGACUUAAAACUCUGUUUUUUUAUUACCGAUAUCAAGUUUUUGUCAUUCAACACAGAUCCAUUUUUCAUUUAGCCUUUAGGAUUUCUGAAAAAGGAAUUCGAUGAUCUUUCAUAUCUCAAUUCAA